GGCCUUCUGGCGGGACCUAACCUAACUUUCUUACAAAAAUCUCGUGAAACCCAAAUUCUCUCUCUCUCUCUCUCUCUCUCUCUCUCUCUCUGAUCUGAUACAAUUCAACUGAGAACCAGUCAACCCAAAUCGAUCAUUCUAGAAUCCCAUGACUCAAUCCAUGUCUCACAAACCCUCCAUUGACUCAUGCGUCUUACACCUCCGUAACUGGAAACCCUUCCACCUCCCCCAAAUAACCGACACCUCCCUCAACAACAACAAACGCCCUUGUCUCUCCGAUCGAACCACCGCCUCCGUUUCCCUCGACCUCUCCAAGCUAACCCUCGCCGAUGAAGACAACAGACCAAUCAACAGAACCGGCAGCUACCGUCUCGUCGCCCGCAAGAGACGCCGUCGUGGCUCCAGAUCUGUUUCCGGCCGGAGUAGCGAUCGGAGUGCUACGAGACGAUGCUGUUCCGUUGGGGCUUCUGCUGCUUAUGGGACUUGCUCUGAUUUUCCGGUGGCUAUGGGGACUGAUUCGAGUGGGGAGCUUUUUGGGAAUGGGGAUGCGAAUUGGGCUUCUGAUGUGAGUGAAGCUAAGAAUUCGAGGGAUUGUGGGAGUGGAGAGAAGGAGAAGGAGAAUGUGGGUGUUGGGUUUGGGGUCAAUGGGUGUUCUGAUGCGAAUGGGAAUGAAUCUGGGUAUGGGAGUGAACCGGGUUAUCGCGGGGAUGCUGAAUUUGGGUAUGGGGAUGAGUUUGAUGAGGAAGAAGAUGAUCAUAGAGUCUUGUUUUGGGGAGGAGCAUAUCUUUGUCUACUAGGGUUUACUGGUAUCCCUGAUUUAACAUUUGCUUCAUGCUUGGAUAAACAACUCUUAUCAUAUUUGUGCUUCUGUAUAAAUCAUUUAUAUAACAAGAUCAAAGUGUUUUCAUAAGCUAUUAUGAAAUGAAAAUAAGCUGAAAAUAGUUUAUUCCGAAGUUGUUUCUACUAUAAGUUCUCUCAAACUGUCUCACAAAUGCUUAUACUAGUACUUAAGUUCAAAUAAGUCAAUCCAACCAUGUGUGUGUCAUGUCUGUAAUCAAAAACUUGGGGCUUUUGCUUCUGUGGUAUUCCUUAGUGGAUUUGGAAUAAAGUAGUAGUAUGUUCAAGGUGUUAACUUCAAGACUUCAGUUCAUAUACAAAUGGUUUUGGUGUAAGAUUUCAUGAUUUGUAAAUUGUUUCAUUUUAAAUGGAUUCUGGCUUCUGCCCAAUUAUAAAGCUGAAGUUUUCAGUCAUUGGGUCAAGCAGUUUAUUUCGCUUAUUUGGACAUGCUUUGAGCCUUUGAAAACUCUUAAAAGGUAUUUUUUUAUAAACUAAAAAACAUAACAUUAGUAUAUUCAAUUUUGUUAUUGCUGUAAUGCAACUUCCUUUUAAGCUCAGCUGAGUUUUGAAACAACACCACCAAUAUUUUUGGGACUGAUCACUAUUAUUUAAGCUCAAAGAGAUGAAACUAGAUGCUGAUGUUAGAGAGCAUGGUAUAGUAACAUGGAAAAUAUUACCUUAGUCUCACUUUUUGGAGGGGAUGAGGUGGUAUUUUAUCCCCAAAGGAGGGGAACAUUUAGUUCCCUUAAAAUUCUCUUUUCAUUGCUGUUAUACCAAACAUCUCUUUUUUUAGCAUACUUUACUCUCAUGUAAAAUUUCCCUAUUACUUACCCCCCAAAUUGCACUUACGCUUAAUAAUAUCUGUUGUUGUAAGGGUGUGCCUGAAUUCCAUCAUGCCAUGUGCCUUAGAGUUUGGUGAAGCUUCUGGCUGGUGGAUAAAAGGAUCAUUUAAUCUAUGAACCUACUUGUUGAAUUACCUUUCUCUUUGAACUUUAAAGUUACAACUUGUUGGGAAAACAAAUCUUCAUUCUGUCUUCAACUGUGUAGUGUCUGAGAGUGAAAUCUUGGACAUAUUUUGGUCGAUCAAUAUACCCUUCUUUUGAUAAAAGGCCCCAAUUUUCGUUCAUUUUGAAUUAUGUUGAUUCUCACUUCCUAGAUGCUCAGUGAGAUGGUUGGCGAGUGUGCCAAGAAAAACCUCUUUGCAAAUUUCUGAAAUCUUCUUCGCAGGGUGUAUUUUUAAAAUAACACAUUGCUUAUAAAUAGGUAGAACCUGGCAUACAAACUGAGCAAAGUAUUGGUAUGGGACUUGACAUCUUAGUGAGCAAUGGCACAAGUGAUUUAAUGAAACAACAGAAUCACAUUGGUAGUGUUGUAAAUUUGUACUUUUGUCUGGAAUUAGGAAUAGACCUUAAUGCAGUGAGUGACCAUCGUUGAGAAAGGCCUUUUUGGCUUCGUUUCCAUUUCUUUUGAUAAAAUAAACAUCAGACAUUAUGGAUGUUUUUGAAAAUGCAUUUUAAAACCAGAGUGAAUAUUUUUGAAAAUAUCUGAAAAAUGUCAAAAUGUUCCUUGUAUUUUUGCAAUUUAUAUUCGUGCCUGAUGACAUUUUACUCUCUAUUUUGCAAACCAGCACUCUUAAAAGAUUUGAAUGACACUGCUUUAUAGCAUGUAAACUCAGCUCUGCGAAGAUGAUAAUGUUAAGAUGGUAAAUGGUCACACAAUAUACAAUAGGAUUAGGAACACAACAAUUAGGAGGAAAAAUAAUAGGGUAGCUUCCGUUGUAGGGGAAAAAAAGUAGAAUCUCACCUUAGGUUGCUUUGAGGUGUAUGUAGAAGACUUUGAAAACCUUUAGAUCAAACCAUUUUGAUUUAGAGGUAAAUGUCUAUAUUUGAACUUAUAAAUGGUGGGGAAUCAUGGGCCCAUAAGUGAUCUAUGUAAACUGGCUCCAUCUGGUGGGAUAGAUUUUGAUUCUUCUUCAUGUACUGAUCUAUGGCAUGUCAUGAGAAUCUAAAUACAAUUUUCACGUAAAAUGAUUUGCUGUCGGUAGUAGUAUUAGUAGCUCUGAGUUUCCCUGAUAAACAUUUCUGCUGUUGUAAAUCUCUGUCCCAACUCCCAACAAACGAUAAUAGGUGCACAAAAGUGGAUGAGCUGAAAGGUUCUAUAGUUUUGUUGUCUUGUCAGAUUAAAGUUUUGAGAUUUUGUACAAUAAUAUCUUCCAAGUCAUUGAUACAUUUGUUGCAUAUAAAAUCUAGUACUGUAAUUGGCAUUUUUCAGAAACUAACUUGAACCUUCAUUA